AUGUACAUUACAAAAUAUUCAAUUCUAUUUAUUUGUGUCAUCGUUUCUCUUGUUCUUCUGUACUGUACUAAUGCUGAUUCAAGUGAACAACAACAACAAGAACAUUUUCUUGAGACUAGUGAUGAAGAUUAUGAUGAUUUAAUUGACGUUUAUCGUCGUGCGUCACUUCGGCCCGUUGUUGUACAUCAACGAGCAUCCCUUCGACCUUUUACUGGAAAACGAGCAUCAUUAAGACCAGUUGGAAAACGUGCAUCAUUACGUCCAUUUGGUAAACGUGCAUCCUUACGUCCUCCAACUUAUUUUGGCAAAUGA